UAGUAGCAAGAUGGUGAAGAAGAAGACCAAGUCCAAGCGCCUGACCUUGCACAAGAAGUACAAGAUCCUGCGCAAGGUCCGCGAGCACGAGCGCAAGGAGCGCAAGAAGGAGCGGACCGGCGCCGGCAAGAAGAAGAAGAGCCCGGGCAUUCCCAACAACUGGCCCUUCAAGGAGGAGCUCUUGCUGCAGGAAGAGCAGGCGCGCCUCGCCGAGAUUGCCAACCAAGAGCGCCUCAAGGAGCUGCGCCGCAAGGAAAAAGCCGAGAAGAAGAAGGCCGACAAGGCCACGAUCAACGCGCUCGCGCAGAUCCCGGCCGCGACGUCGCUCACCGUCAAGCAGCAGGCGAAGGAGGACCUCAAGAACGUCGUGACGCACGCCGACCUGAUUGUGAUUGUGCUCGACGCGCGCGACCCGCAGGGCUGCCGGUCGCUCUCGCUCGAAGACGGCCUCGUCGGCACGGCCAAGAAGGAUAUCCUCCUCGUGCUCAACAAGGUCGAUUUGAUCUCGCGCGACACGGCCGAGAAGUGGGUCACGUACCUUCGCCGCUUCCACCCGACAGUCGCGGUGCGCGCCGCCAACAAGACGUUCAAGGAAGCCACCAAGCACAACAAGUCGGAGCGCGCGCACGCGGCCCUCCACGCCCGCUCGCAAGACGUCGACGGUCUUCGUGACAAUGGCCACGUCGAUGCGCUCACGCACUUUCUGCACGAGUACGUCAAGGCCAAGAAGGCCGAGAAGGUCAACGUCGCGCUCGUUGGGUACCCGAACGUCGGCAAGUCGUCGCUCUUCAACGCACUCAAGCGCAAGAACCUCCAGACCACGUCCUUCUUCCCGCGCACGACCAAGGUGGCGGCCGACGCGCAGAUUGGCGAGCACAUUACGAUCAUCGACACGCCGGCGCUCGACACGGACCUGAGCGAUCCGACCUCGGUCAUCAUGCGCCAUGGCCUCGGCGCCGAGUACUCGCUCGACCCGGUGCCGGCUGUCGAGUCGGUCCUCAACCGCGGCGAGAUGGUCAACGCGAUGCAGUCGCUCAAUGUCCCGCUCUUCAAGUCGACGGAAGACUUCCUCAAGAAGUUUGCACAGAAAAAGCAGAUGACGCGCAAGGGCGGCGAUGCCGACAUUCUCCUCGCCGCGCGCACCUUCCUCCAGACGCUCGUCGACGGCUCGGUCGCGACCAUGACGCUCGCGCCGACCAACUCCAAGUCGCGCUUUGACAUGCCCAAGUGGUUUGCCAAGAUUGAUACCAAGGCGCUGGCGGCGCACGAGGCCGCGCUCUACGCGUCCAACCCGGCCGCCCGCCACUCGUCCUUCUUGACGUUCAAGGCGCAGGCCUCCAACCACACGACGGGCGACACGACCGAGUACGACAACGUCAUGGGCACGCUCGUCCUCGAAGAGGCUGCCUCGGACGAUGAAGAUGAAGAUGAGGAAGAAGGCGACGAUGACGAUGACGAUGACGCCGAGGAAGAGGAAGAAGAGGAGGAGGAAGAAGAGGAGGAAGAGGAAGAGCCCGAGGUUGUCGAGGUCGUUGCUCCGUCGCGCCGCCGGUCGACGCGCAACAGCGCGCCCGUGGCCGCCAAGGUGGCUGCGCCGGCGUCCCGCAAGCGCCCGGCCAAGGAAGCGCCCGCGGACGAGCCCGUCGCCCGGCGAAGCUCGAAGCGCAAAACUAAGUAAAGCUACCACCCCUCGCAUUAGAUCCCCACCCCAAGUAUUUGAAUGUAUGAAAUUUGACCUCUA